UAUACAAUGACUUCAUAGUUUAUGCCAAAUUCGAAGACAAAUCUUUGAGUAGGCGUAUAACGGAUGUCAUUAUAGAUGUUAUUGUGACAGCUGUAUGGAGCCCAGCUUUUCUUUUGCCUUUGUUAUAUUUUUUCAUCAAAGUUUGAAAGCGCAGAUAUGUUGAAAUGUGUGCAAAUUAAUAAUCGCUUUUGCAACCAUAAGAUUGAUGUUUGACAGGUGCGCAAAUUGCGCGCGCAACUUUGGCUGAUCAAAAUACGCAUGCGUCUUACCCAACCAAAUACAGUAUUGGAUGUCUAAGCUUUGAACAGAGAGUUAUAUUGAUAUAUACAUGUGGCCUUGAGAAGUUGUGGGUAAAUUAAUAAUUUGGCCUUUAGGCUACUUUUAUAAAUGCUUGAAUAAUUCAUGGAGUGUUUGCUUGAGUGGUAUCCAGAGCAAUGAACUGGCCUCUAUAUGUCACCCCUGCACACAUUGUUCGACUUUAUGACCGUUUCGAAGCAUUGGACAAGGAGAAGACAGGUCAUCUCCGCCCACAGGAUUUUGGAGCCAUUAAUAGGUUGGCGAUGAACCCCAUUGGGGAUCGGAUCAUUGGGGCUUUCUUCUCUCCAGGACAGGAAACGGUGGACUUCCACUCCUUUGUGAGGAUCCUGGCCCACUUCCGGCCUGCGGACAAAAAACAUCCCAAAGAUCCCAGUAUGCCUGAACCUGUCAACAGUAGGACCAGUAAACUCAAGUUUGCUUUCCAACUGUAUGACCAGGACAAGGAUGGCAAAAUCUCCAGAGCAGAGCUUCUACAGGUGCUGCGGUCCAUGCUGGAGAUGCAGGUGACGGAGGAGCAGCUCGAGAGCAUCGCCGACCGCACCAUCCAGGAGGCUGACCUGGACAAGGACGAUGCCAUCUCUUUUGAGGAGUUCCGCAAGUCCCUGGAGAAGGUAAACAUCGACCACAAGAUGAGCAUUCGCUUCCUGCGCUAGCUAGAGUGGUUGCACUGGGUCAAGUGACCGUUCCCAGAGAUGUAGGCCACUUUGUGUCUACUCAUCCCUCCGUGGUAAAAACAAGGCUCCUGCAGGGAAAUAUGACGACAUUACUGAUUCUUUUAACUGGAUGAUUAACACUAAAUACCUUAAAUAACUGACAAAUAUGCUGUGACUUCAUAUGUUUACUGUAUACUGGCAUAUGGGGAUCAUGUUCCAACGUAUAACUGCAUAGGACUAAUGUAUAAUUACGUAGUAACUGCUUUUAUAUAAUACAGUCAAAUGUAAUUUAAUAUUUUUUUUGUAGUUGUUGCAGAACCUACAUUUUCAAUUGGGUUCGUUUUUACAAGGGCAAACAUAAGCUUUUAUGAAGGGAAGCCGAUACUUGAAGUUCACUUUUCCUUGUAAGUAAGAAUUGACUGCAAUAAGUCUCUAGAUGUAGCAGCCGUUGUCUAAUUACACAGAACAUGUGAACUAUGAAAGGGAUACAAUAUUUCUACAAAUAAAUAUUUGUGUAAAUGAUAUCAUUCAUUUAUUGAGUUGCUCAUGGGGAGAAAAGCCCAUGAAAGCUCAAGCUUGGCUAUAAUUGUGAUUCAAUAGAUUUGAUUUAGAGAGAAUAACAGUACAACAAAUCGAAUGUCUACAUUUUGAGCCAGAGUAAAGAAAGGGUCUGUUUUGUGACUGACUGGAUAGCAUUGAACUAAUGUGUGCCAAAUGUAUUUCUCAAAUCUAUGCUUUUUUGUUGUUGUCAGAAACAUGGAAUCUUAAUUAAAUAACCCUGUUGGUA